GAAAGAGAGAAAGUUGAGUUGAAGGCAGAGAAAGAGUGAUUCAAGUUAGCUCAAGGUUAGGUCAGAUUUCCAACUGGUCCAUAUCGAUGGCUUCGAAGAAGGUGACCCUGAAAAGCUCAGAUGGCGAGGAGUUUGUGAUCGAUGAGGCAGUGGCCGUCCAAUUGCAGACGAUCAAGCACAUGAUCGAGGAUGACUGCACGGAAAACGGCAUCCCCCUCCCCAACGUCACCGGCAAAAUCCUCUCCAAGGUCAUCGAGUACUGCAAGAAGCACGUCGAGGAAACUGACUGCUCCAGCAACGACGAGCUCAAGGCUUGGGAUGCAGAUUUCGUCAAGGUCGAUCAGGCGAUCCUCUACGAUUUAAUCCUGGCUGCAAACUAUCUGAAUAUAAAAAGCUUGCUCGAACUGACUUGCGACAGAGUGGCUGAUAUGAUAAAGGGAAAGACUCCUGAAGAGAUCCGCCAGACAUUCAACAUCAAGAAUGAUUUCACCCCUGAGGAAGAGAAAGAGAUCCGACGGGAGAACCAAUGGGCUUUUGAUUAAAUGAAACCUCUCACCACACAGCUUACCAUGUGUUGUUGAUCAUACGUAUACAUAUACAUGAGUAUGGAGAUGGCGGUGGUGGUAAAGCACAUAGUCAUUAAAUUAGUAGGGUUGGCGUCUUAGUAGUUUUUAAGUGUAUAGAGGAGCUGGUUGCAGGCAGACUAUGGAUACUCAGCUUCCAACCUCAGAUUUGCUUUCUUUCCGUUUUUUUUUUUAAUCCUUUGCAUUCUA